UUUAGGUCCUCCACUGCCACGUGUACUACACUGUGACCAUAGCAACUUUUGAUGACAUCUUGGAGGAAGCUGGCAAGUUUGGUCUGUGCCAGAUGCAAAUUGUGUUUUCUGUUUUGUCUCCAUGCCUUUCGUGUUUGUCUACGUGGGGAUUGUGUUGGUGCCGUGACCCGGGUGUUAGUGAGAUUCGUGGGCGUUGUGGCUGGGGUCUUCAAGACACAUGCAUCAUAACUGUACCCCUGGUGAACAGUUCUGUUGGUGUAGUGCACAGUAAGUGUGAGAGAUGCAACAGACUGGAACGCAACUAGUCUUACCUGUGAAAAUAACGAAAGCAACCUCAGCCAGGCCCAGUGCUCUGUGUUGCCUUUGACAGCUUGUACGGAUGGUUGGGAGUAUGAAUAUUAAGGGAGACAGUCUUUCGUCACUGAGAUUUGGUAGAAUGAAGACUUUCCUAAUGACAAACAUCAUUGCAGUAACGGGAAUUCUGGUUGCCACAUCCUCUGAUUACACUGCCCUGCUGGUGUUCAGAGCUCUGUUUGGCUUUGGAGUGAAGGGUGGAUGGAUGGUUGGAUAUGUGCUAUGUGCUUUUGCAUUUGUGGCUGGUGGACUAGUUCUGCUGUUACCUAAAACCAAAGGUGUCCCUCUUCCAGAUACUGCUGAUGACACUGAAUGUCCAAACAGGCGAGGUAUUUUCCUUGCACAUACACCCACUGGACACUUUAUUAGGAAUGCCUGUACAUCUACUUAUUCAUGCGAUUAUCUAAUCAGCCAAUCGUGUGGCAGCAGGGCAAUGCAUAAAAUCAUUAUGGGUCAGGAGCUCUGGUUAAUGUUCACAACAUCAGAAUGUGGAAAAAAUGUGAUCUCUGUGAUUUCAACCGUCGCAUGAUUGUUGCACAAUAGUCUUUAGAAUUUAUUCAGAAUGAUGGCAAAAACAUCCAGUGAGCAGCAGUUCUGUGGACAGAAACACCUUGUUGAUGAGGUAGGUCAAAGGAGAAUGGCCAGACUGGUUCGAGCUGACAGAAAGGCUACGGUUACCACAAAUAUAGUAAGCAGAAUAGCAUAUCAGAAUGCACAACAUGUCAAACCUUGAGGCAGGUGGGCCACAACAGCAGAAGACCACGUCGGGCACAUUAUUAGGACAGUAGUGUUCCUAAUAUAGUGCUCAGUGAGUGUAUUCACCAUGGUAAUAUUUGUCCCUUUUUUUUUUAACCCACAGAAACAAAGAAAAACAUCUGAAGAGCAAACAACUUGAAAAUUUGCUCCCUACUGAUGUGACAUGAAACAAAGAAGUUACAAAUGGCUGAUUUUCACAGAUUUUGACAUAAGACAGAACACCAGCAUCCAUCUGUUUUCAUUGGAGGAUGUAAUCUAAAUAUCUAUAGUGGAAUAAAUUUGUCAUUUUCAAUAUUUCAACAUAGUUAAAACAAUUUGAAAAAUAUGUAUCUUUAAGUUGAACAUUUUAUAUUUUUGUGUUAAUUUUUUAAAUAAUAGCUCUCCAUGAAAAUAUCAGUUUUAAAAUGUUGCUCAAUUAUCCAUCACUUACUGUGGUUUAAACUUUAGUGCUUGAAUGACAUAUCACACUGUUUAUAAAUAAAACUGUAAAUGUAACAACAAAAUUGUUGGAAGGUUUGUAUGGUAAGAUACAAAUAAAGAGACUUUUAUUUUUUUAACCUC